UCAUCGUCCAUCUCCCACAUCGUAUAUUUCUUGGCUCAUCUCUAUAUAAAUUGAUCAAGACUUCCAUGGCUUCACUCUAAUCAUUCAUUUUUCUGAAGAUCAAAUAGAUAUUUGGAAAUGGGUGACUCUUCGUCUUCAUACAUACACAUGGUACAACAUCUAAUCGAAAAAUGUCUGAUCUUCGGCAUGACCAAAGAAGAGUGCAUGGAAGCCCUUUGUAAACAUGCAAAUAUAAAACCCGUCAUCACCUCAACGGUGUGGAGCGAAUUAGAGAAAGAGAACAUGGAGUUCUUCGAGGCCUACUGGUCGCAAUCUCAGUAUUUGAGAAAAUCUUAUCAGAUUUCAGAACCUGUGACGAAUGAACAGAUUCAAAAGACGGUGUUUGAUCUUAAAUUAAAAAGUUCAAAACGGAAGGAUGAUUGAGUAGCAUGCAUAAAUGAAAAACCUAUAUGACGUAGGCAUGUCAUAUGGUCCCAGGGUGAACCUACAACCGUGGUCCGUGGGUGCAUGUAUUAUAUAUAGGGUGGGGGAUGGAUGAUCGAUGCACCCAAAAUGUAAAAGUGUCCUACUAUUAUGCAAAUAAGUCACUUUGUGUCUUUCUAUAUGUGAUGUGUGUUGUUGUCAUGUGAAAAUUAAAGGCAAACUAAGUACGUACACAAAUGGUCCAUAAAUUGUUACUCA